AUGCCCAAAGCGCACGUGUGCACCCCCGGCACUGGCCCCCUGCAACAGGUGACCAUUGGCAAAGAGGCUUUCGAGCCAACCCCUGCCACCACCCCUGCGGGCGCGCCGUCCCGCGUCAGCUGCUACUCUGCGACGAUCUCCAUACCCAAGGACGCAUCUGCCACCGUGGAGGUGUCGACGUCAUUCACUGGGGUGCUGACGCCCAACCCGAGGGCCAUCAGGCAGGGUGACCAGCAGCUGGUGGAGUAUGAGGACACGCUGUGGCCCGUGUCACCCUACAAGAUACAGCAGCAGUCGACGACGGCCAUCCUGCCGACAGAGGGCAUCCUCAGCCACAGCCGCCCCGAGGACACCGUGAACAAGGUGACCCGGCUGGUGUGGGGCUCCCUUGGCGCGGCUGAGCCAUGGUCCCUGGAACCCCUCCGGGUGCACUUCCACCACGACAAGCCCUUCAAGAAGGUCGUCAGCCUGGUGCGGGAGAUCGAGGUGUCCCAUUGGGGUAACAUCUAUGUCGAGGAGGCUUAUGUCAUCGCCAAUGCCGGCUCAGAGCACAAGGGGCCCUUCAGCAGACUGCGCUACCAAUUGGAGGGCGGCCGCGCCAACAGCUUCCAGGUCGGCCUGCCGGCCGAGGUUGUUACAUAG